AUGAAUAAACUAGAGGUACGGGAUUUUAGUCUAUUUUGGGGUUUGAUUAUCUUUAGUUGCAUAUAUUUUAUGAAAUUGACAUUUGGAUUACAGAGUGAUUUCCAGAUGUUAAGUUCUACAAGUGAUUAUAAUGAUGAAAGUAGUACAUAUGCAAAUAAGUCAGUUAGUGAGAAUUUCAUUAGUAAUCCUUUACCGUAUAUAAUAGUGGCUUGGGUAACAAUUCAUAUUUUCCUUGGAUGGUUUUUCUGUUGUUAUAUGUUAAGUGAGAGGAGUAGAAUGAAGCCUAUAUCUAUAUCAUUUUAA